AUGAAAACACGUGUUUCGACGUAUCUGAUUGAACUCAAUGUAACUCAUAUAGGCAUUGCGAUUGGAUCAAAACGUCAAGAUGGUAGUAUACUAUUGGGACCAUGGGGAGGAAAGGGAGGAGAUGAAUGGGAUGAUGGAGUACACACUGGAGUUAGAGAAAUAACUAUUGUAUAUGGCAGCUGCAUCGACUCAAUCCGUGUAACAUAUGAUAACUAUGGUAAACCCUUUCUCGCUGCAAAACAUGGUGGUAUUGGUGGAUCCAAAUCUGGUCAGAUUAAGCUGCGAUUUCCUGAGGAGAUCUUAGUAAGUGUUAGCGGGCACUAUUGUCCCGUCGUCUAUGGAGGCAGCCCUGUGAUUCGGUCACUCACUUUCAAGAGCAACAAAAGAACAUUUGGGCCAUUCGGGGUUGAAGAAGGAAUACCCUUUAACUUCUUCACAAAUGGGGGCCAUAUUGUAGGGUUUAACGGAAGAAGCGGGUGGUUUCUGGAUUCACUCGGGUUCUGCCUAUCAAGCCCUAAACAAAACCUCUUUCAAAGAUUCCAGAUAAAGUUCAAAGGGUUCAACCCUCUUGCUAUUAAAGAUGGUGAACAUAACAAAACCAAAGGCUCAAAAGGUCAUUGGUGGGGCAUAUGA